UUAAGUAGAGUAGUGUUUUUCAGCAGUCUUCGCCAACAGUAUGGCAGGCAUGCAAUUUGAGUAUGAUGAGGAAGGAGGGACGUUUUUUUAUUUCUUGCUUUCAUUUUGGGCCUUACUGCUUAUCCCUGCAACAUACUUUUUGUGGCCGUCUAAACAAAAAACAGCAACUGAUGACAAAAAGAGAAAAUGUCAAUGCAUCCCAUGUAUACAAAAGCGAGAAGACAUAGAAAGGGAAAAAGCUACUGUAAAGCCAACAGUAAUCAAAGUUGUUUUAGUGAUUGGCUGGGUUGUCUUUGCUCUACUAGCAUGGAAGGUGUCCAUGAUACAGUUAGAUUAUGUUGAAUAUGAUCCCUUUUUAGAGCUCCAGAUAGAUCGAGGUGCAUCAACUGCAGAAAUAAAAAAAGCCUACAGACAGUUGAGCAAAGUUUAUCACCCUGACAGAGAAACUGGUGACCCCAAGAAAUUCAUGAGAAUAGCAAAGGCUUAUGCUGCUCUCACAGAUGAGGAAUCUAGAAAAAAUUGGGAGGAGUAUGGCAAUCCAGAUGGGCCAGAAGCCACAAGGUUUGGAAUAGCCUUACCAAAAUGGAUUGUUGAAAGAGAAAAUUCCAUGUGGGUCCUAGCAGUAUAUGGUCUUGUUUUUAUGAUCAUCUUACCAGUUGUUGUGGGUGUGUGGUGGUACCAUUCCAUCAAGUUCAGUGGUGAUCAAGUGCUACUAGAGACCACCAAAAUCUACUACCAUUUCAUUAGCAAGAUGUCUAAUAUGAUUCUUAAACGUGCAAUUUUUGUUCUUGGAUUAUCAUGUGAGUUUGAUCAUAUGCAUAAUGCAGAAAUUAUUGAAAGGCCUACAGAUAAUGAAGAGUUGCCACUGUUAUUAAAGCAGCUCCCUAAUGUACAAGAGAAAGCUAGAGAGAGACCAUAUUGUGUUAAAUCCAGAGCAUUGCUACACGCCCAUUUCCAGAGGCUCGAACUCAAUCCUGAUACAUUAGGAGCAGAUCAAAAGUAUAUACUGAAGAAGUGUCCCUAUCUUAUCAAUGACAUGGUGCACAUAUCGGCCAGCUUAGUUGCCAUUGCUAUGAACUCUGGACGAGGUAUCCAACCUCCCCGUCUUGAGUCUAUAGAAAACAUAAUGAAGAUGAGCCAAAUGGUGGUCCAAGCACUGGAUGAGAAAUCCAGCCCCUUGCAGCAGCUGCCUCACAUUACACCAGACCUCCUGAGACAUUUCACAACCCGUAAGCGGGAUAUAAGACACAUUAGGGACUUUGUGAGUAUGGAUGAUGAAGACAGGCGGUCAAUGCUUCGUAGCCUUACAGAUAAUGAGUACUGUGAUGUAAUGACAGUGUGUGCACAGAUGCCGUAUGUUGAAAUGACCGUCAAAACUGAAGUGCUUGAUGAGGAAGACUCAGCCAUAACAGCUGGCUCUAUUGUGACAGUGACAGUGUAUCUGGUGCGCAAGGACAUGGGUGAAAUGUUUGAUAAGCAGAUAGUUAUACCAGCCAUUGGAGAGGAGGUGACGGAGAACACAGAGGAGGCUGAGAAUGAGGAGCAUGAGGAGAAUGAGGACAGGGAAGUUGAGGACAAGCAGGGAGAUCAAGCUGGCCAGGUGGACAGCAAAGCUAAAGGCUGGGAUAAAAACAAGAAAGGUAAAAAGAAGGCAGGAAAGGUGAAGGCAAAGAAGGCAAAGCAGGUGUAUCAGUGGAAGGCUGCUGCACAAGCCAAGGCAGAGACAGUGAAAGCAGCUCCAGGGAAGACAAACUCAGAAUCCUCUGAUUCACCCAAAGCAAUAAAACCUCCAAAAUCUGAGAAGAAAGAAAAGAGUACAGAGGACAAAGAGGAAGCAUCAGAUGAUGGGAACAAUGCUACAGAAGAUGAGGAAGAGGAGAAGCAGGAGAGCCAGCCUGAAGAAAAAUCAAAACCUAAAAAAGACGACGGUGACGAAGAGGACGACUGGGACAGUUACAAGAUGGAAUCAAAGAAAGAGAACUCACUAGACACAAAACUGAAAGAGAGCCAUUUAGUGCAUUGCCCUUACUUUCCAGGGGAGAAGCAAGAAGCUUGGUGGGUGUAUGUUGCUGAAAGAAAACGUCACUUAUUAAUUACGGCACCCGUCCAUGUAUGUAGUUUAAAGAAAGAAGAAGAGAUUCAACUGAAAUUCUCCGCACCUCAAAAGCCUGGGCACUACCAGUAUUCAGUCCACCUUCGAUCAGACUCUUAUUUUGUUGAUUUUGACCAGUCCCAUGUUAUAAAGUUGGAGGUACAAGAAGCUAAAGUUGUCAAGGAUCAUCCUCAGUGGGAUAUCUCAGAGGAUGAGGAUGAAAAAGACAAAGAUAAUGAGGAGGAUGAGUCCGAGGAUGAAGACUCAGAUUACAGCUCGGAGGAAUCUGAAUAACCAGCGCCCAUUGCCAUUGUUAUGUUAAUAAACUCUGAGAACAUUUAUUUAUCUUGGAGAGUUCCAUUGUGGAUUUUUAAAAAAAAUUUAUCUGCCCUAACCUUGAACAACAUUUAACUUUUUAAAAAAAGUGUUAGCCAUUUCAUUUUCAAUAUCUUCCUCACAAAUUUUUAUCAGAAUAUUUCGUUAAGUAUGACAGCAUAGGUUACUUUCUCUGUGUUAAAAAAAAAAUCAGGGUAUUUUAUGGAAGCUCAUAAGUAAUUCUUUUGGUCUGGCAUUCCUUUAAAAUCAACACACUUGCCUGGUUGGCCAUCAUAUCUGACAUGUUUUGUGCUGUUUUUAUUUCUAUAUUGCUAAAUGUACAAAAAAAAGAACAUACAUUUAAAUUUUUUUCCCAUGUUUUUAAUAAUUUUUGUGUGUGUGCUAAUUAUAAUUUUUUUUGCUGGGAUCACCGGUAAGUUUCUCUGUUAAAAAGAAAAAAAGUGAUAAGUUUUAAUCUUCAAUUUGUCUGUGUAUAUUUUAUUUAUUAACUAAUAAGGUGUUGAAGUUUGUUAAAAAUAUAGCAUUUUAGUCAACUGUGUUCCUCACAUGAGACUUGUGUAGAUCAGGCAUUACAAAUUUACAUUUUUUUUUCCUGUAACUUACUACUUACAUUUUGUUAUGAUUUCUGUUAAACAUUUCAUAAAUUUUUUUCCUUCAAAUUCUGUUAUUUCAAAAGGAAAUUUUAAUCCAUUAUCAGUGUGUGGUGUAUUGAGUUUUUUAAAUUGUAGUAUUUGAACAAAAUCAAAUGUUACAUUUUUAUUAUAUUAUAACAGCCGGGAGUGAAACUCCUGACAUAUUAUUUAGCUAACAUUCUAAUUGAUGGUCAGAGGUUAUUGUUGCUAAAACAGUUUUUUCAAAAGUAGGAUGAGGUAAGCGGAAUGCUUCUGACCAUUCAAGAGUUAGUGGUAUAGCUAAGGAUGCCCUGCUUCUAAAGAGACUAAAAGGGAUAUUCUCAUUACUGCAUAGCUGGGUAUAAACUUAAAUAGCUAAGUUGAGAUUGUAGGUGGGCAUUAUGUCUUCUAGAUUCUUCCCCCUCUCCUACAUAGAAGACAUAACACUGCCCAUGUUAUGAAGAGGAUACUAGUCACUGCAUUUAAGUCCUAAAACUUGUAAUCUACUCUACUUCAUGGACUCAAGAGGCAUUGUCAGCUAUUUCAGCACUCGUAGUAGAAAAUCAAAAUCGAAUCUGUUGGAUAUUUAAAAAAGUAUCUUUUAAAAAAAAAAAAAACUGCCUUAUGUUAUUUGUUUCAUUUAUCGUAAACUGACAUUUGAAAUUUUCAAAGAGAAUUUUUUUUCUACCCAGCAUUAGAUUAGACUUGUCACGAGACUGCAAACUAUUCUGCAAAUCUCCUUUGAUUGGAAACUGUUAGUUGAUGCUUGUGGAACAAAAAAUAUUUUAAACAACAUUUAUAAACUGGAAUCAGGGAUUAUCUAUGUUGAGCAUGUCACAGACUCUCACUAAAAAAUAUUGAGUUGUCUAUAUACUGUAUUCUGGCAUAUACGAUGACAGGGUGUUAAAAUUAUAAUAUUAAAUUUAGGAUAUACAAGAUGACACCUGGAACAUAAGAUAAUAAGAUGAUCUAACUUUUGAGUUGAUAUUCCAGGGUAAAAUAUGAUAGUUUUUUUUUUACUUUUGACUCACCCCUUUGGACUCAUCCAUAUGGACUCCAUUUAGUCUCAAACUCCAAGUUUUGAUAUUUAUUUAAAAUGCAUGAUGAAUUCUCAAAAGAUUUCCUUAACUCUAAAUAAAACUUCUCGUAGAUCUAGUUUUAUUGUUUAAAAUUUUACCUUUGUUAAUUGUCCUCUUAAAAUUUUUUUUAGCUUCAUUAAUCCUACUACUACUACAAUUUAGCUUUUAUGGUUAAGGAAAUAAUUCUAUUCAUUUAUGUGUAAUGUGUUUUAUUACAUUUAUUACACACCAAGAACAAGUGCAUUUCUGAGUUUAAGUGUAAUCCAUGGGCAUUAACUGAAACUAUAUUUAGUGGAUAGUAAAAUAUGACAGAAACUUAUAUUAGUCAACAUCAUGAUUUUUCUUAGAGUUUGAACAAUUUAUCAUAACAUAUAUUAAAUUCACCUAAAAAUAAUAGGGAUUUCUUCUUAAAAUUUUCUGGUUUUUAAUACUCCCAGAAAUCAAAAUGCUAAAACACUACUGAGUUUUUAUCUUAAUAUCCUAUUUAAAUAAUUGUAUAAUUGAAACUUAUUUUUUAAAAUUUUAAAAUGUUAUUUCCGAAAUAUUUGCAUGGAAAUCUUUCUUAUUUUUGUUUUUCUUGAAUUUUUGACCAUGUAAACUAUUUAUUCUUUCCAAAAGACAAAAAGUGCAGAGCUAUUCAUGCUAAUUGUAAUUUUCUCUCUUCAUAAGUUAAGUUGGCCUACUUACAUGAAGCCUUUCAUUUCUUCCUUGGAAUAGGCUAAACCAUACACGUUUUCUUUUGUUCAUUGAAGAGCUGAACCAUAACACAAUGUUUUAAUUAAGUAUUCGUUUCUCUUUUCAUUAUUAUUGAUAUGAUACAUCCUUCAACUUUUUUAUAAGGCCAGUUAAUACAUUUUGCACAUCCGUAAAUUGAAAGAAAUAUACAAUAGAUUUUUAACAAUAAUCAAUGCUACUUCACAUUUUAUGUUAAUGAUAUGCCAUCAUUGAGUGAAUUAGUGUAGCGAAACAUUUUAUAAUUUUUUUUCUUCACAAUCACAACACAGAAAGUUUAAAAUAUUUAAUUUUUUAAUUGUAUGUUUUAUUCAAGCACUACUAAACAAUCCUUAUUGAUCUUUGAUUAUUAUAAUCAGACGGGAAAAACACAAGACUAAAGCUUUUUUUUUCAAGAUAAGAAUAAGAUUCCUGAAAGGAAGUGACAUUUUUUUUUUCGUUUCUUAAUACAAUAAUAGAGCAAAUAUUUCUUUAAAAGUUAUAAUUCAUUGUUACUUUUUAGAAACAUUGUUACUUUGUAGUGACUUAAAAAUAAAAAUAAUAUUUCAAAACAAAAUUUAAAGCAAGGGACUUGUGGAGGAUGUUAGUAACUUUACUCAAGUGAUCAUUUAUAACUAAAUCUGUUGUUAAAUAGUUAACACAAAAAUGUAUCACAACUGCCAACUUUUUGAAAAUGUUCCAUGUUUUAACUUCAUGUUCUGUUGACAUCCUGAUGUGUGUAUGUGUGGUUUAUGUGGUACGUGAUGUUUAUCAAUUGUUUUAAGGUUAGGGAACCGUUUUAGAAGGAUGGCCUUAUGGUUACGGUUUAAUUAAAUUUAUCAUACUAUUGUUUAAUUUAUUUUGUCUGGUAUGUCUGCUGGUGGAAGAGGCAGGAAAAAAUGUCAAUAGCCUAAAUAAGAACUAUUAAACUUUUAAUUUGAAACU